GGUUCUGGCGUCGGCGUCGCUCCGGCGCUGGGGCACUAGGCCGGCCUGUGUCCGCGGGUCGCGGGUAAAGUGCUGGUGGCGGAGGGCGCGCGAAGGGCCGCCAGCCGCGCGGCGUUGGCUCUGGCGUCGGCUCUGGCGUCAGGGUCGUUGAGUUGUGACGAAGCCGCGAGUAGCCGUUUCCGCGACAGCAGGUGCGGCCGCUUUUAGACCCGAGCGGGCUCCGCAGCUGCCUGGCGGGUCUCCUGUAGCGCCCGACCCUUCUCUUCGCGGUCCCCACGCCAGCAGCGACCCUGAGCCGACAGCCGGAGCGACAGGCAAUGGCGGCCUCGACGGCCUCGCACCGGCCCAUCAAGGGGAUCUUGAAGAACAAGACCUCUACGACUUCCUCUGUGGUGUCGUCGGCCGAACAGCCCCGCGGGAAUGUCGACGAGGAGCUGAGUAAAAAAUCCCAGAAGUGGGAUGAAAUGAACAUCCUGGCGACAUACCAUCCAGCAGACAAAGACUAUGGUUUAAUGAAAAUAGAUGAACCAAGCACUCCUUACCACAGUAUGAUAGGUGAUGAUGAAGAUGCAUUUAGUGAUUCAGAAGCCACUGAAGCCAUGACCCCAGAUAUCUUAGCUAAGAAAUUAGCUGCUGCUGAAGGCUCGGAGCCAAAGUAUCGGAUUCAGGAACAAGAAAGCAGUGGAGAAGAGGAUAGUGACCUCACACCUGAAGAACGAGAGAAAAAGCGACAAUUUGAAAUGAAAAGGAAGCUUCACUACAAUGAAGGACUGAAUAUUAAAUUAGCUAGACAAUUAAUUUCAAAAGACCUAAAUGAUGAUGAGGAAGAUGAAGAAAUGUUAGAGACUGCAGAUGGAGAAAGCAUGAGUAUGGAAGAAUCAAAUGAAGGAUCUACUACAGGUGACCAACAGCAAAACAAAUCACAAAGUUCAUAGAAGGGAUUUGUUCAACCUUGCAGUUGUCAAAUACAAACCCUGUUAUUAUAAUACACUGCUUCUUGUUCUCCACAAUUCAUGACUUAAGUACCAAAAUGCAUACCUGUUAUGAUAUAUUGCCAAGAAUUAAAUGGUAACCUGAGAGACUGAUUAGACUGAAAAUGCCUAUUUGAUGCGUAUAUUCUUGUGCCUAGUACUUCACCACAAAUACAGUGUAAUGUCAUCAGUCCAAAUCUGCUUUACUUUUAUAAAACACUGGUUAAUUUGUAUAAGAUAUUAUAUAGCUUUUUAUGCUUUAGAGGUUAAACAAUAUCUUUUUGGGGGAGAGGGGAACUAAUUUAUUUUCAUCACCUCUAGAUGUGGUAGCUGUUAUAAAAGGUUUAAUGGUUUGGUUUUUUUUUUAAUCAAAAGCCAGUUGGAACAACAGGAUAUAUAGGCUGAUAAAUAUUCAAGUUGAAAUAUAUUUUAACACUGUCUUCAAUUUGAUUUGUCUGUUUAAUUGAAACGGAUUAUAAGAAUUACUGUUGCAUUUUCUGGCCUACUACCUUUCAAAUUCCUGUUGAGUUUCUUUGUGUUUACAAGGAAAGGAUUAAACUUUUUCUCAUCAAAACUAGCUUUUUUUUCCACAAAUAAAUUAUUAGGUUAAACUUGCA